AUGGCAGGAGAGAAAAAUUUGGACAAUGGUAUGUUGAGUGAAGAGAAUUUGGACGACAAUAUUUUGAGUGAAGAGAAUUCUGAUGAUUAUAUGUUGAGUGAAGAAAAUUUAGACGAUGAUAUAUUGUGUGAAGAAAAUUUGGAUGAUGAUAUGUUGAGUAGUGAAAGUUCUGAUAAAGAUGUGUUGAGUGAAGAAAAUUUGGACGAUGAUAUGUUGAAUGUGUUGAGUGAAGAAAAUUGGGACGAUAAUAUGUUGAUUGAAGAAAAUUCCGAAGAAAGUUUUGAUAUUGGUAUAUUAAAUGAAGUUGAUGAUAUAUUGAGAGAAAGUAAUAGUGUGUUUGACAAAGAUGGUUCUGAUAGAAAAAUUGUUGAUAAACCAUUAAAUGCUGAAAAAAUGCCAUCUAUUAACGGAGAAUUUGCUCCGUACUUCAAAAACAUUAUAGAGGCAUUAAUAGUUUGUUGGAUUAAGAAACAUAAUAUUUGCCAAGAAGUUGCAAAAAACUAUGAACUCUGGUAUAGUAAAAUUUGGAAAGAGUCGCCAAAAUUUGGAUGUAAGUCUGUUACUAUAGGCAAAGACUUUGUAGUUUAUAGAGAAUCUACAAAAAGGAUUGGCUGUAUUUUGUCAAUAGUUCAAAAAGAUGGUAGUAUUAAGAUCAAUAUCCAACGUGCUCUGACAUUUGAAGAGCUGCCGAUAAAUCUGCAAAGUAAUAAUCAUAAAGAAAGAUCAUUGAACAGUGAGAAACCCGAUAACAAUGAGAAUAAUGCAAAUGAAGAUAAAUAUAUUAAGAUUUCAUUAAAAAAGCGAAUUCCACAAAAAAAUAUUGAGGAGUCAAUACUUUCAGAUUUAAAAGCGCAAUUAGAAUUAUUCUAUGAAGAUUUAGGAUAUUCAUUUGCAGCCUGGAAUAAUUUGUUGUCAUUCUUUGAGUAUGCAAAUUUCCUGGUUGAAGAAAAUGGUACCUUUAUUCAAUGCCGUUUACAUAUUGGAGACGUUGUUUCAAUCAAUUCUGAUGAAGAAGAUGAAAGUUUUUCAAUUAUACAUUCAAUAUUUUGUGACCGAAAGGAUGAACAUAACAUUACCUUCAUUAUUAUUAAUUGGUUUGAAAACACAAACCAAAUGAAGUUAGGUUGCCUAGUAUACAGGCUACAUACAACAAAUAAGUGGCGAAGAAUUUUUCUAAUUGGUGUAGUCAAUGCAGUCAGUACGGUACAUUUUGUACACAAUUGUAAAAAUGAUGAAUGUAUUAAGGGCAAUCAUAAUCUUGCUAAUGAUUUGUAUCUAAGAAAUUUGUAUUUUUUUAAACCUAUUUAA